CCACACGCGUGGUUAAAUAGUAAUUUAUUUAUUUAUUUAAUAUUUAAUUAAAUAUACAAUGUUGAAAAGUAUUGCUAUGUUUUUAAUGGCGUUAACUGCCGUCGUCAGUCAGCAUCCCAAAGACUUUGAGUACUAUCACAUCUUGCAUCUACCCCAUGACCCGCCACUCCAUCCCGUAUUCGAGAAGGCGCCACCAACGCGCUUCACUUGCGAAGGGCGGACUCGGGGCUAUUACGCUGACGUUGACAGCGGCUGUCAGGCAUUUCAUUUCUGCUGGCGUCAGCGUCUAGUCAGUACGGAUUUAUGCACCAAUGGAACGCUGUUCAAUGAACAGUUUCAGGUUUGUGAUCAUUUCUACAACGUCCGCUGCGGUUCUCCUUACGAAGAUUUGUGAUAAGCGUGUGAUCCUUGUUAAAUUUAAUUUAAUUAAAAUGAAAUAAUAAUCUCAAAUAGAAAAUCAUUUAUGAAACUAUUCCCAUUCGAUUCUAAGAUUAAAUUAAAAUGAUUCCAAUUUUUAAAAUAACAUCUCAUGUCUGUGUGUGUUGAUUGCAAGUUUUUAAACCACUUCUAACAUAUUAUUUAGCUGAACAUUCACGGACACUCGACUAUACGAUGCAGUCACUUUUUCAUAUUUAUAGAUAGUCUGGGAAAGUUGGUUUAAUGUUUAAUUUUCCCAGCACCGACCAUCUAGAUAGACAUAUAUUAUACAUUAAAUAUUUACAUUAUAUUUAUAUUAC